AUGGCAACCAAGCGCAGACGGAUCCGCCUGGAUUUGGGGUCCCAGUUCCAGUUGCAAUGCCCGUGUUGCUACCGCCCGGGGGUUCCCUUUUGCGAUAGCUGCGACCCUGAGAGCAGCGCGCAACGCUUGCAAGGUUUGAGAGCCUUGAUGAAGGUACAUCAGUUGGAUGCCUAUCUGGUUACCAGCCAGGACGCUCAUAGUUCAGAAUAUGUUUGCAGCGCCGAUGAACGGAGGAGUUUUCUGACUGGUUUCUCUGGGAGUGCAGGUAGUGCUUUGGUCACAGCUGAACAGGCGCUGCUGUGGACCGACAGCCGCUAUUUUCUGCAAGCCGAAAAGCAGCUGCAAGGCACUGAGUGGCUGCUGAUGCGCCAAUCGCAGCCGCAAGUUCCCGACUUUUCGGAUUGGGCACUGGAGCAUUUGAAGGACAAGACCCUGGGCGUGGAUCCCAGGUUUAUUUCCUUUGAACAAGCAGAGGAAUGGUCCGCCAAGUGGAACUCCGCCGUUCACUUGAAAGAGGUGAGUUUGAAUCUGGUGGAUGCUAUUUGGACCACGCGCCCGGAGGAUCCCUGCAACGUCUUGGAGAUUCAUCCUCUGCAUCUGGCGGGCGAAAGCGUGGACAGUAAGCUCCGCAGGGUCAGGGAAGCGAUCCAGGAGCAGAAAGCGAGUUGCAUCCUGUUGAGCGCUCUCGAUCAAAUCGCAUGGCUCUUUAAUCUCCGAGGUUCAGAUAUUGAGUACAACCCUGUGUUCUUCGCCUAUGCAGCGGUCUUUCAGGAUUCUGCCGUGCUUUUUCUCCGUGCCUUGGACGAGGGAAGGCCUGGCGUCUCCGAGGAGAUCCGGACGCUUCUCAGCCAGGCGAAGGUGACGCUGAAGCCUUACAGCACGUUCUUCUCCGAGAUGGGAGCAGUAUUGAAACCCGAUGAGAAGGUCUUUCUGGAGGCUCACUCGUCCUCGCUGGCCGUAAUGAGUUUGGUGCGACCUGAUUUGCGAGUCAAGGGCAUCUCUCCAGUAGAAGAGUUCAAGGCCUGCAAAAACGCCGUGGAGAUUGAAGGCCUGAAACGAGCGUGUAAACGCGACUCCAUAGCUCUUGUCCAAGUCCUUUCGUCGCUGGAGAAGCAACUGGCAGCCAAUGGAGCUUCAGCAUCAUUGCCCAAUGAAGUGGACGUCUGCGAAAUGAUCACCGCCUUUAGACGAAAACUGGAGCUUUAUGUAGGUGAUAGUUUCGACACCAUCUCAUCAGUGGGAUCCAACACGUCGGUGGUGCACUACAAACCCGAAAAGGCGAGCUGCAAGAAGUUGUCCAAGGACGAGAUGUACCUCAUUGAUACCGGCGGGCAGUACCAAGACGGCACCACCGAUGUCACGCGCACGGUGCAUUUUGGGACACCGACAGAGGUUGAAAAUUUGCGUUGCUCAGAGCAGCUGCUCAGCUCCUGGAUGCCUUUGCGCGAAGACCUUUAUGGCAGGACGGCAUGGAGUAUGGACAUGGGACUGGCCAUGGCAUUGGAGCCUAUCUCAAUGUACACGAGGGUCCUGCACAGAGCCACGGUUUGUUCAUAG